AUGGCGAUGCCUUCUGCGUCGUCGACGUCGACGUCUUCACUGGCCGCCGCCUUCUUGCCGGUCAAUCACACCUCUACUGCCGGCACGGCGCCCUCACCCUUGCUCACCGACACUGACAUCGGCGACGCGACCACUGCUCGACCUGACCAACAUCAACAACAUCUUCACACGUAUCCCGACCAACACCAAUACCACCACCACCAUCACCACCAACCCCCACAACAACACCAAAUGCCACCACAGGCGCUCCCACAUCAUCAGCAUCAGUCCCAACCCCCGGUUCAGCAGCAGCGACAGCAGCAGCGUGACCUUCCAGGCCAGGCCCAGGCUGGGUUUUCAUACGCGUCUGGAGCCUCUUACCAGCCUGCUCAGCACUUGGUCGGCCAUUGCGCCUCUCAGCACCACCAGGAGGCAUCGUUGCAGCAACAACGCACGGAGCAUAUUCUAGCUUCGCAGCCGCAGCCGCAAGUGCUGCCCCAGCAGCCAUCGCAUCUUCCGCUGCACUCGCAGCAAUUGGCAGCACAACAUCCACCGCAGCUGCAACCGCUGCCUCAGCACCUCUACGGCCAUCAGGACCCCUCGUUCCGCCUCUCCCUACCGCCGCGACAGUUCAUCGAUCCUGGGCCCAGCGACUUUCAGCCGCUCCAGCAGAGUUUCGCUGGCGUGCAGCUGUUCGAGGCAAAAGGGCGACUGCCGAUCCAACGCGCGCACAGCCUGAACAGCCUGUCUCAACCUUUCGCGGACAGCCAGGCGACCCAGCCACUUGGAUAUCCGGAAGCGUACGCGCAGUUCUCCAGCGACUUUGCCAGCUGCUCCUCCGUCGGGGACUUUAGCGGCUUCGCAUCCGCAUCAUCGUCUUCCUUGGUCCGCUACGCCUCGUUCGACAUGGCUUCGGCUUCCCUCGGCGGCAUGUCGAGCGGCAGUGCCAGCAGCGGCGCUGCGGCCGGUCCGAGCAGGGGCUCGGUUGCCGCAGAGCAGGCCAAUAUCGAUCAGCUCCUUGCCAUGUCCAAGGCCCAGGCCGAAGUGGCCGGCGACGCAAACAUGUUUGCCUGCCCGCAUUGCGAAAAGACCUACACGGGUAGGCACGCGCGCAGCAUCUGGAGGCGACACCUGCAGGACAAGCACAACAUUCCGCUCAGCAUCCAACCGCGAAGGACUCGAUGGGACGGAGACGCCAAUCGUCCCAAGAAUGCCGAGGAGAGGAGAGCGCGCAUGCUCGAGAGCAAGAGGCGCUGGGCAAGGAAAAAGCGGCAGCAGGAGAAGAUGGGCCUGAACAAGGGUUCCGCGGGUGACGACGGGGCCGGGGAUGUUAGCUUCGACGACGGCGCCGACGCGGACAUCUCGACGCUGAAUGCCGGCGACGAUUCGGCGACGAUCGAGCGCGGAGCGGACAAGGAGAACCUCUCGCCCGCUCAGCCUGGCGGUGCGCUGCACGGAGGUGCGCUGCUCGAUACCCAGCCCAAGCUGGCUCACGCGAAAUGGCCUAGUCCAAGUCGCAGGGUGAGUGAGCCCAACCCCUUCUUCGCCCCUGAGGCGUCGGGCCUGCACCAUUACGAGCUCUACGGGGCCCACGGAGCGGCGACAGCGGCGGGCCAGCGGUCUGGGCCGGGUGACGCGUCGACGACGCCGCUGAACCGUAGCGUGAACCUCUACCCGACGCCGCCUUCCUCGGGUGCUCCCCACCAGGCGCCGGCUACCGGCUUUCCGGGCAUUCAUCUCUACUCGUCCUCGCCCAUGCGAAAGGCCAUGUCGGCCUCGACGUCCUCCAAUGCCAAAGGGCGGCGGGCUCCGUCGGCACUGCCCCUCAUGUCGCCGCCCGCCUCUGACGAGCGUUCGACCGCGCUCGCAUAUCAGCAGCGGAUGCGCAACUCGGCCACGGCGGGGGCAAUUGCCAGUCACGAAGGCCUCCAGGCGCCCGUUGAAGGAUACCUGGCUCCAGCCGACGGUGCAGUCGCCAGCGGCAUGGGCCGCGGAUCGACCGACAGCGUGGCCGCCACAUCCGUGGCCACCCCGACGUCGGCCACUUUCCCGGGUAUGCCAAUCGACUUGGCUCCGAGGAUGCAGACGCAGGGUGCGGUCCCCGGUCGCAAGACUGACCAACAGGAGGCUGCCAUCCAGCUGCUCGCUCUGCGCUCGAACAGCAACAGUCCAUCGGACAGCAACACCCAGGGAUCUCGGAAGCGUCGUCAUGCCAGCAUGGACCAGCCGUGGGACACGCCGAGCAAGACGCGCACGUCGUCUACCAACGCCGAGCGCCUAACCAGGCCCAGUCCGAGUCCGAGGUCCAGGUCGUCGACCAACGUUCUUGCAGCGAGGACCGACUUUUUGGACGACGCGCCAAGCGCUGCGAGAAGGCGCAGCGAGCCCCGCGACACCCCUUCCAAGGCGACGCUUCUCCACGCGCCCUCGAUGGACCGCUCCACGACGUUGCAGCAUCCAGCAGACGGCAGCCCGGCCCCGGCUCCCAGGACUCAACCGCUUGCCAUGGUCGGGGGCAGUGGCGGCGGCGUCGGCCUGGCUUCGUCCUCUGCUGCACUGCUAAGCCUCGCGACGCCCGGACCGCCGACACGAGCCGCGAGCAACCCCUUUUCGCUCAACAAGCACAAGAUUUCCCCCUUCGAGGGCAAGCGCAGGCUCAGCUUCACGUCCAAGGACAAGCUCUAUGACGCGUUCGGCGGCGAGCUGGGCAUGUCAACCGUGGCGUCGCCCAUCCACGUUGGCGGGCCGCUCAGCCUGCCCGCGCUGGGCCCCGGCGGCAUCGCCAUGGAGAAGAGCACGUCGGCCCAGUCGGCGGCGUCCGACACCAGCAUGCUUGGUCCCAAGCUGCCGCCCUUGGUCAGCACGCCCAUCCGGCCCGGCGACAGCCUGAGCGCGGUCCGCGGAACGGCCAGGGCCAUGUACGAGGAUGACGUCGACCCGCUUCCGGCCCAGCAACACCAGCCUUCGCACCUGCAGCACGGCGGAGGACGCGGCAAGCUGGGCCGCGACAUCCUGCCGCCUCCCAUGUCGACCUCGAAGCGAGCCGCCGUCGUCUCGACGCCCUUCUCCAAACCUCCCGCGGCGUCGGGUCUGUCGGUGCUGCGAUUGGGAGCCUCGGCGCUCAAGUCGACCGCGCCGGGCACGCUGAGCCGUCCGACGCCAUCCAAGUUCGGGGGCGACCAGUUCUCGUCGCCGCAGCACCUCAACCUCACCGAGUCGCUUGGCCUGGCGCCCCACUCGAUCUCGCGCACCUCGUACGCCUCUUUGUACGGUGGCUCGCUGGGCCUGACGCCGAGCAUCUCGGCUCUGGGCGGCUUGACGCCUGGCCUGACUGGCUUCCACACGCCGUUCGGAGCUUGGCCCGAGAGCGCACGCAAGGGCUUGGUCGCCGACGACGACGACGACGAUGACGACCUCGAGAACAAGCCCAGCGGCGACCCAUCCGGCUUGGACGGCAAGGGCAGGCGCGUCGCCCGCGGGCUCGGCAACGACGAGACCCCGAGCAAGCCCAGCAACCCCCAGCGCCGCAAGCUCCAGCCCCUCAGCCUCAGCUUCGCCAGCAACAUCGAUGGCUGA